AUGGCUCAUUAUUCGGGUUCUCUCGGGGCGUUUGAACAGUUUCGAGAUGCAUUCGGUCUGGAAAGUAUGAUGAGUGUAGAAGACGUCAGACAAAGCCUACAACAUCAAAAGCAGCUGAUGGAUAUCGAGGGAUCCAGGCAAUACGUAGAACAAUUCAUAAAGAAAUGCGAGAGUCGUGACCCAAACUCGAUCAAACCUCUUCGGAAACGCGUUGAUGCAUUGAUGAACGAAUCGGAAAAAAUGACGCUAAUGAUGGAUUUUCUCGUUAGAUGUCGUCAAGCACAUAUUUUCAGGACCCCACUCGAUGAUUCUAGAUCCGUUAGCAAUAUGUCCACAAAUUCAACAGCAACACCAACAGCGUCAAUUCAAUCGUCGCCAUUCCAACGAAGAUCGGCUAGCCGGGGACGGGUUUUGAGCACUCUAACCGGAGAUCAUGCCACUCCGAACCUCAACGAAAGCAUUACUUCCCGUUCUCGUGCCAAUUCAUCUUUUACUUCGUACGAUCAGAGAGCGCUUGGAAUUGAAAGACAGUUAGCUGGUUCCCAACGGCCACGUAGUCCAUACAGAAUGGGUGGUCUUUCUGGAAUACCAACAACACGGGUGUCUCCUCUCACUGCCAGCAAUCAGCUAUUUUCAGCAGAAUAUCCUUACGAUGAUGAUGAUCCAAUUAUUGACGCCUCCAACACCGCCUUCAACACUCCCUCCCCACACCAUCUACAAGGAAAUCAGGCGACGUCACGUCUUCUACGCGAAGACUCUCCUAACUCGAAUCAACGAUACACUCGAAGCAGUUCAAAUACCCAGCAACAAGUUUUCCGUCAAACGCCUAGAAGGUCUUCCAACCCCCAUCAGAAUUCUGUGACAUCGUCUGUGAGGGCUCAGUUGAAUCAGUUGUCGAAUACGCCAAUACACGCGAGACUUGGAAAUGCAAAGACUGAAACUGAAUCGACAGUUUGCGAAUGUCUCCUUUUUGCACUUAUUGGUAUUGAAUCACGCCUCUUCCGACCGAUUCAUCGCAAAAUGACAAUCACAUCGACAGCGUCUAUUUCAACGACCCAUCUCGCUGUAUGUCAUCGUGUCCUGUCGAUCGCUAAUCUUUAUCUUCUUCUAUCUCAUAAAGAAUCUCAUGCCACCGGUGAACAUCAUGUCACGAAUGCUCUUCUGGCGUCGAUUCGAAAUAUUCUUGGAGAGUAUAUUGGGGAUAUGGAUGAAAUGAGAAGAAUCAAAGAUCUUAAAUUCCAUCACUGUCUACCGCUAAUUGAAAAGUGGCAAUAUAGGAUGACUAUUCUGUUGAUGGCUUAUAAGGCGAGAAACUUGCCUCAAUUGGAACUUCUUGAAUCGAUGUUCAUACUCCAUUCUUCUCAUAGCUUCGAAGACGAUCGCAAAUUUAUUUUGGAUAAACUUCUAGAUUACACAUUAGGCGUUUUUUGUUAUCAGAUGAUGGAAUGGAUGACAACUGGCGAGUGGAUGAUAGCUAAAGACGAUGCAACUGGAGAGGUUUCCCUUCGGAAAGUUCCAAUUUUUAUGACUGAAACCGAUGCGAGAAUUCUUCUCGAAAUUGGAAAAUCCCUUCCCCACGUUGGUUCCGCUUCUGAUGACGAUCUGGAAUCAAUUGACAAGGCAACUACUGUAGUCCGAGCUGCUCUUUCUCCGGAAUUGAUUUUCAAAGAAGAGCUCACGCCGGUCUUGAAAAUUCUAAGAGACGUUGUAUGUGGAAUUGUGAUGAGAAUGGUUCUAACCACAGGUCGACUCAAGGAGCACAUUCACAAAGCAACGUCAUUCUUCUUUUUAUCGGAUCCCAGAUUCACCAUCACACUUUAUACUAUAAUUAAAGAAGCCUCCAUGGGUCUGCGUGUGGGAAGCGCGUCUCUAAGUCGUCAAACAGUAUCAAGUGCCCUGGCAGCUGCACUCGAAGCGACUACAGUAACCCAGACGGUGGAGAAUAAGAAGAAACAAAAGUUGAAGUUUACUUUGGAUUCUAUCACUUCCCUUGGUUCAACCCCGAACGUCUCUUCAAAAAUGCAAUUUGUGCAACCUCUGUCCCCACACUACGAACCCCAGAUGCCCCUAAUGAAACCUAUAUUCGCUGCGUGUGACGAUGCCUAUGAAUCCAUUUUCCACGUCAUCUGGGCUAUCGAUCUUGCAAGAUGCUCUUCACAGGAGACGUUGUCUGAAAAUUUGCCAGGAAUCAUGAGAUUCCUGGUGAAGAAUUAUUCGUUGCGAGAGAAUGCCACGUGUCUUGUGAAUAUGAUUGCUCAUAUUUUCUCGGUCGUCAAUGCCUCUCUUCUACGAUUAAGAUCCCUAAUUUCUGUGCAAUUAAAGCAACAGUUAGCUCGCUUUUUGGCGGCUCUUGAUGAGAAAUGCAUCGAUGUGGAUGACGUCAUCAAGGAGCAUGUGAAAUUCGUUCGAAGAGUCUCUGUCGUUGUCUUUGUCAGAAAUAAUGAGAAAAUUGAACACGAGCUAGCCAACUUGCUCCGUGUCUCGUUUGAAGCUCAAGAGUUUGCCGAGGAAUUCAGUUUCACGUGGCACGACGUCAUCGAAGCGACAACUGCUGAUGAUAAUGUUAGGAAAGCGAGAAUUGCAGAGAUUUGUCAGAGAAGGACAAUUGGGGCGAGGGUACUUCUAGAGACGGUCAAUAAAUGUCAAAAAAAUCUGAACGAACUUCUGGACGAACUAAUAAUGUAUGGUAACGAUGCGCUUCUGGAGUGA